AUGGCUCAUUCUACAGAUAUCGAUUCUGAUUUUGUAUCAACAACUGUUCCAACUAAAAAAGUGCAAACAAAUGCAACUGUAAGAAAAACAGGGAAAGAAAUCUAUAUCGAUAUAGAUUCAGCAAGUCAAGAUAGGGUUAAAAAAGCUAAAAAAGUGCAAACAAAUGCAACUGUAAGAAAAACAGGGAAAGAAAUCUAUAUCGAUAUAGAUUCAGCGAGUCAAGAUAGGGUUAAAAAAUCUAAAAAUACAAAAAAGAAGAAAAUACUUGAAAAGAAAAAAAGACACUAUGUUUCAGAUUCUUCAUCUUUACAGUCAGAGACAUCAGAGUCAGAGACAUCCACAACAGAGAGUGAUGAAUAUGAUAAAGUAAAUAAAAAGAAAAAAAGAAAAGUCAAAAAACAUUUCAAGCGCCACAAGAAAUUAAUCCAUAAUGAUGUGAAGCACAAAAAGAAAAAACAUGUUUCUGAUUCUUCAACAGAAUCAGAGACAGAAUCAUACACACAUUCAACGGAUGAUGAAUCUGAUGAAGAAAUCUAUGUAAAAAAGAGAACCGGUGAUAGAAAAUAUGUUGAAGGAGUGACAAAGAUUAAAGAAGCAAAAAGGAAGAGGAAUAGUAGGGACAAUCGUGCAGCAAUAAAGAAACAAAAAACCGUGAAAGAGCAAAAGACUGUGAAAGAUAUAUUGAAGGAGUUGCCUUCAAUAAACACUAGAUCAACACCUGGAUUGAUGACAGAUGCUCAUUACGAUGAAGGCACAAACAGUAUUCUGAUUAAAGGAAAAAGAAUAAAGAUCACAAAGGAAAAAAUUCAUAAAGUGUUUGGUUUACCCAAAACUGGAAAAAGCUUAUUUGAUUUGCACAAGGUUAGUGAAGAUCAUCAAGUGUUUGAUGGAUGGAUGAAGGAACUUGAAUACGGAAAGGCAAAUGCAACAAACUACAAGAAGAUUAUUCAAAAAUCCGAACAAGUGGAUAUGAAUUUCAAGCUGGGUUUCAUAGCUUUAUUUGUUAAUACGUUUGCAGAAUCCAUUCCUAUGGGGACAAACAACUUAGUUCCAGUUAGAGCACUUGUUGAAGUAGAUGACAUUUCUAAAAUCGAUUGGUGUGCAUAUUUGUUGUACUGUGUGAAAAAUUCAAAAGGGAGAUGGCAUCCAGACAACCCCAAGUGUUAUUAUAUAGGCCCGAUGUUGUUGCUAUUGCUAAUUUACUGUGAUGAAAUUGAAUGCAAGCUCCAAAAAAUAGAACGUAAAACACCAUUAGUUACGAUGUGGAUAGCAGAUAAGUUGAAGGAAAGACAAUCUUUUGAGAUUGAAGCUGGUGGAUUUGGGGUUGGGAAUCUAAUUGAACAAAGUUCAAAUUUAGAACUUGAGAAGAAUGAAAAUCAGGACAUGCGUAUUGAGGAGUAUGAAGAAAAGUAUGAAAAUUUUUUCAACAAUGUCUCAACUGAAAAGAAUGAUAUGGAAGAUAUUAUUUUUCAUUGUCUAUCGAAGUUCCCUGAAGACAAUAAAACGAAGGAGAUGAUAAGAAAGUUUAGAGACAUAUUUUCAACUACACUUUUUUCUAGUCGAGAGAAAUCAGAAACUAUUAAGGAGAGAACUGAAGUCAAAUCAGAUAGAGAUGAAGAGCUUAAUAAAACAAACAUUUCUGAUUCUGAUGAUGAUAAAGAUGAAGGAAUGAAUACAAAGUUGGUUGCAUUUUUAGCUGUUAAACCAUUACAACAGAAGUUUCCAGAGAAUGAAGAAACACAAGAAGAAGAUCAAGAUAUGAAUGUUGAUGACCGAAUAAAUUUGGGUUUUGAGAAUAAUAUUGGCGAGGAAACGAUUAGACAUCCGCAUAAUCCAGAAAGACAAAUAGAAUUUGAAGGCAUAAAUGUUGAUGACAAAAUAAAUUUGGCUUUAGAGGUGAAUAAUAUAGACGAGACUAUUGAAAAAAAGAAUUUAGAAGACAAUGUUGAGAGCAAAAAUCUUGUUAAAGGUGGUGAAAUUAUUGGUGGGGAGAAUAUUAGGGAGGGGAAUAUUGUAGAGAAGGUGGUUGGAGACAACAUAGGUGAGAGCUCAAUUGUUACACCAAAACACAAUCCAAAAGAAACUGGUGAUAAUUCUGAGGGUAAUGAUGAAGAUGGAGAAUUAGAAGGGAAUGAAGAGCAUAUUUUAGAUGAGAAAGGGAAAAAGGGUCAGAAUGUGAAUGAAAGAGGGAAAAGGAAGGUGACUAAUCCAGAUAUUUUUAGAUCACCUUUUGUGAAUAGGGUAAUUGACUUAAGUGAAAAAGUCAGUACUGAGCAAGAGAUAAUGGCGCAAAUCAUGUUUAGAUGCGUUGCAGACAAAGAUCCAAUGGAAAUGCUGUUUGAAACUGAGUCUGGAGACAUAAUGGAUAGGGUGCAUUUUGAGGGUAUGCGUCCAAAUCAUAAGAUACAUCCUUUCGUUAUUGAUUGUUGGGCUGCUGUUCUUAAUUUUGAAGAAGAAAACCUGAGAAACAAAAAAUCACCACCACGUGUCUUCUUCAACACUCAAAUUAUGACAGAAAAAUUACUGGAUUCUUCAAUACCUUUUGUUGAAAGAUCCCGACUUUUUGAUGAGGCUGUAAACAAUUACUUAUAUGACAUCAAAAGAAAAGUGGAUUUCAAUUCUAUUAAUCUGGUGUUUUUUCCAAUACACAACCGUGGUCAUUUUUAUUGUAUUCUUUUCAACCUUACAAAUCCAGAACAUAUAAUCAUUGACAACAUAAGAUACACCAAAAAAGUAGAAGAUGUCUAUGGAGAGAUUCCUAAACUUGUGCAAAUGUACUUUUCAAAGUUUUUGACAACAAUCGGCGGGAUAAGGCAUAUGGAAAAAUACAUGGGUGAGAAAGAAGAAAAAUGGGAUGUGGAACUGGGAGAAAGUGUUAGGACAUCUAAAAAGAUUGCAAAGUUGCGUACAUUUUAUGUUUCUAAGCUAGCAAACCAUCAAAUCAACAAGCAGAGAAAAUUGAAUGUUACAGAAGCAUUGGAAUUUUCAAAACUUGAUAAGAAAACUAGGUGUAUGUUGGUGAAAGAAGGCAGUGAAGCAAGAGACAAUUUGGAAAUGAAGAAAGUUUGA